CCGCGCCCGCCGCUCUCUGUGUCGCCGCGCGGGCCGGCGGCCGCAGGAUGCCGCGGAGGGGCGCGGAGGCGCCGCUCGCCCUGCUGCUGGCGGCGGCGUGGCUGGCGCAGCCGCUGCGCGGCGGCUACCACGGCAUGAGCAUGUUCGCCGUGCAGACGGCGCAGCCCGACCCCUGCUACGACGAGCACGGGCUGCCCCGCCGCUGCAUCCCCGACUUCGUCAACUCGGCCUUCGGCAAGGAGGUGAAGGUGUCGAGCACCUGCGGGAAGCCGCCGUCGCGCUACUGCGUGGUCACGGAGAAGGGCGAGGAGCAGGUCCGCUCCUGCCACCUCUGCAACGCCUCCGACCCCAAGCGCGCCCACCCGCCCUCCUUCCUCACCGACCUCAACAACCCGCACAACCUGACGUGCUGGCAGUCCGACAGCUACGUGCAGUACCCGCACAAUGUCACCCUCACGCUGUCCCUCGGCAAGAAGUUCGAGGUGACCUACGUGAGCCUGCAGUUCUGCUCGCCGCGCCCCGAGUCCAUGGCCAUCUACAAGUCCAUGGACUACGGGAAGACCUGGGUGCCCUUCCAGUUCUACUCCACGCAGUGCCGCAAGAUGUACAACAAGCCCAGCCGCGCCACCAUCACCAAGCAGAACGAGCAGGAGGCCAUCUGCACCGACUCGCACACCGACAUGCGGCCCCUCUCCGGCGGCCUCAUCGCCUUCAGCACCCUGGACGGCCGCCCCACGGCCCACGACUUCGACAACUCGCCCGUGCUGCAGGACUGGGUCACGGCCACCGACAUCAAAGUGACCUUCAGCCGCCUCCACACCUUCGGCGACGAGAACGAGGACGACUCCGAGCUCGCCCGCGACUCCUACUUCUACGCCGUGUCCGACCUGCAGGUCGGCGGCCGCUGCAAGUGCAACGGCCACGCGUCGCGCUGCGUCCGCGACCGCGACGACAACCUGGUGUGCGACUGCAAGCACAACACGGCCGGCCCCGAGUGCGACCGCUGCAAGCCCUUCCACUACGACCGGCCCUGGCAGCGGGCGACGGCCCGGGAGGCCAACGAGUGCGUGGCCUGCAACUGCAACCUUCACGCCCGGAGAUGCCGCUUUAACAUGGAGCUCUACAAGCUGUCGGGACGCAAGAGCGGGGGUGUCUGCCUGAACUGCCGGCACAACACGGCGGGGCGGCACUGCCACUACUGCAAGGAAGGCUUCUACCGGGACCUGACCAAGCCCAUCUCCCACAGGAAAGCCUGCAAAGAAUGCGAUUGCCACCCCGUGGGCGCUGCGGGCCAAACCUGUAACCAAACCACAGGCCAGUGUCCCUGUAAGGACGGCGUGACGGGCAUCACGUGCAAUCGAUGUGCCAAAGGCUACCAGCAAAGCCGAUCGCCCAUUGCCCCCUGCAUAAAGAUCCCUGCUGCUCCUCCUACCACUGCAGCCAGCAGCACAGAAGAACCUGCAGAUUGUGACUCAUACUGCAAGGCGUCCAAGGGGAAACUGAAGAUCAACAUGAAGAAGUACUGUAAGAAAGACUACGCUGUUCAGAUCCACAUCCUGAAAGCAGAAAGAAAUGCCGACUGGUGGAAGUUCACAGUCAACAUCAUCUCCGUCUACAAACAAGGGAGCAACCGGAUACGGCGCGGAGACCAGACCCUGUGGAUCCACUCCAAGGACGUAGCGUGCAAGUGCCCCAAAAUCAAGCCCAUGAAGAAGUAUUUGCUGCUGGGCAACAACGAGGACUCUCCCGACCAGAGCGGCAUCAUUGCAGACAAAACAAGCCUGGUGAUACAGUGGCGGGAUACGUGGGCUCGGCGGCUCAGGAAGUUCCAGCAACGGGAGAAGAAGGGGAAGUGUAAGAAAGCCUAAAGGAAGAGAAGGCAAUGGAGUGCACGAGAGAGCGAGUGAGAGACUGACUGUGCAUGCUGCUUUGUGUAGAACCUGGAGCGGAUAGGGCCUGGGAUUAGGGACUUUGGGAAGGAAGUCGUGUUGCAGUUUGUUUGUGUCAGGGAGGGCUGGGGCGGGGGGACAGCCAGGAAUCACGUCUGUGGGACUGCCAAGUUUGCACCUCAUAUUACAGGAAGAAAAAGAAAAAAUCACACAAAAAUAAAACGAACCAUUGCAAGAGGAGGGUGGGUGUGGGCAUGCAGCACCUCGACCACGGUGGGAGUGCGAGCAGUCCCCAGUGCCCCCCAGCUUCUUUCUGCCCCAUUUGCUGAAGAAAUCAGAGACACCAAACUGCCUUAAAACUGCUGACAUCUGCUAGUUCCAAAGCAUAGACACAGGGACGAUCAAGCCUGUAAGAAACUAAUCAACGGCAACGCUGGAAAUUAACCCCCUUCUCCAAAAUACAUAUUCUCAGUUUAGAUUGAAUGAGACAGUUAUCGUAGAGGAAACUAAACAGAGACUUACCACUGAGGACAGAUCUGAGGAUCGACUAAUAUAGGUUAUUUAAAGACUCUUCAGUAUAUGAUAGCCGUAACGAUCACCUGCUGUACAGUACCUAAGAGGCAGGACGAGGUCUCCAGCCGUAUUGAUGUGCUGAUCCCAUAGCAGCAGGUUAGCCAACCAUACGCACAAAAUGGUGCAAAAGAAGAGACCACGUUAGUUAGCGACUUCCACAUGGGCAUAACUCGGGCAACAAUUCCCUGCUUCAGUCUCCAUUUUUCCAAGGGGAGUUGCACGCUGCUGCUGCACACUGGCCACUCGUUGCAAUACAUGCACCGAAGGAGCUUGAGCCCAGGGGAUGCCCUGGUUCCCCCUUCAAUUCACAGUCAAGUUAAUAAUCAGGAGCCCCAGGGAAGCACCCAGACUUUGAGGAAAAGUUGGCCUCCAGUUCCCAUAUGUGCCCCGGAAAAUCUCACCCCUAAUAUAACCACAAUCUCUGAGUCUCCACUCUGGUCAUCCCUGAGACCUCCUUCAUGGGUUUGGUCCUUUCUGCAGCCAUCAACAAAGUGAGGAGCCCUUGGAUAGGAAAUCCAUGCAGAAGAUACUGAAGUCCCAGAUGGCAGUAGUUUCAUUUCCAAACUCAGCCAGCUUUCCCCAAACUGGCCCAGUCUGGCCCUCGCUCCCUCAGCCUAGUCAGUCCUUCCAGCUUCUCAUGUCCCUGCACGAGGUGGCCAGCACUCACCUGCAUGGUGGAGUGGGAUAGCAGGUGCCAAGCUCCUGCUGGCCCCCAGGGCUGUCUCCAUGGGCCGCAGGACCAGAACAGAGGACCAUGUCUUUGGCUGCGUUACAGCCUGUGCAGGGCAGAGAGACCAGCCCCAAGGGAAUGGGUCUCCACCGGGGACCAGAUGAGCGAGAUUUGACCCACUUAGAGGCCCCCAAACUGGAUCUUCCACUGGAGGUUAAAAAAAGCAGAUCUACCAGCAGAAAAUGUGAUUCCUAAUCUCUAAUCCCAAUGAACUGGGAAGGCAGGGACUGCCCUCACCUCCAUCUCACACCCUGUGAACCAGCAAGUGAGGGUGGGAGCAGCUUUCCCCAGGGCACUUUAGGGGCAGACCUGGCUCUUGGGUUUUUUGUCUCCAGAAAAAGUCAGGUCAGUGCUGCUUCGCCUUGCCAGGGUGGCAGGCUCUUCCACUUCCACAUUGGUCCAUAAAAAGCGGGGGAAAUCUGAGUUCACCUAAUCAAUGGGGGCAGGCAAUAGCUGGGGUGGAAAUGCAGGGAGGGCAGUCCAGGUACCUGGAUGAGAAGCAAACACUAGUCGCUACGAAAAGCAAAACCUCCCUGAUAUUUUUCCUUUUAGGAAACUUGGAAACAUCUAUUUUAUGACAUUUUCCAGUGGUUUUGCCUUGUUUUAUAGCAAUUGACAAUAUUUAUAUAAUGACAUAAACUACCAUAAAGCGAGGCAGCCAUGUAAAUAGGUGUAAAGUGGAGGGCUCCCAAGGAAGCACAGGCCAGCGCCGCGCUGCUGGGAGACAUGGCACAAAGGGGACCAAGUACUGCUGAGCCUCCCCCACAACCACAAGGGCCCUCAGAGAUGAAUUCGGACAUUAGGAUUGAAAUCCCGCUCUGAACGCCAAGCAAUACACCAAGUCACAGUUUUCUCCCCAGUCCUUUCUUGCUCAGAACAGACUAAUUUUACCUUAGUUUAGAGCCCAAGAAGAGCCAAUAGCUUUACAGGCAGGGGGACGCAUGCACCCAAGUCACCAAAGGGCUUCCAAAAGAUAAAAGUGACCUUAAGUGUCUCAAAGGAGACUUAAAGCCACAAAGCUUGACUAGGCAGCUCUCCUCCAGCUAAGACUAACUGAUGCUAGGUAGAAUCUGUGCCGGUUGGAGACAGCUUGUCCUCAAUUAGCCAAGGUGCCCUCAAACCACAGGUGCCCCACAAGUCCAAGGUCCCUUCAGCCUGUGCUGGUCGUAUGGACUCUCACAGGUCCGCUCCAUGGACACCUGCAAGGCUUGUUCAGAUGGACAACCACCUUCCAAACAACCCAUCAGGAACAUCUAGCCCAGCAGAGCAACACGGGGAAAGGCAGUGAGGAACACAGAGGAAACACAUGGAGCAUAUGUCUUUAGGCAAAUAAAAUACAAUUUCUCUUGAAUAGUCUAAAAACAACUGGACCUAGUUCAAAGUCUGUUCUUUCCAGGCCUUCAGCACUCUCCUGCACAGGGAAGGCAAGGCUGGGGAAGCUGGGGGACUUGGGAUCUACCCAUAUCCAGGCACCAAGUGCUCUCUGACUCCCUCUUCUAAGUACGUGUGGCCGAGCACUGCCACCACCCUCCAGCACAGCCUCGACACCCACCAACACCCACAGCAAUGGAGACAAGCCCCAGCCCUCUAACCAAUUUCCUCAUUUUGGGAAGUUGCAGAAGAAACUCCAUCCAUUUCAAGCAGGCAAUCAUCCACGCUGCCAAGCUGCCAGAGCCCAGGGACCCUCCAGGCACUAACAGAAACCAAUAAAUGGGAAGGAAACCACGGUGCUUGUACAGUUAGCACGAGAUGUAAAAAAAAUUAGAGCUCAGAGAAUCUAUUGUAACCAGAGUGACUAUUGCAGAUGUAACCCCACCCCCACCCCAGCCCCGGCCCACCAGGGCCCCGUUCUUUGAUCAUUGUUGGAGUUUUGUGCUUUCCAGCCAGUUUAGAGAAGCUCCUUCACUCUGUCCAUGGUUAACCAGUGCCUCCGGUAACACUGACCUGCACCAACGGCUGGCGUAGCCCAUCCACAGCCGUACUCCUCCUGGGAAAGGCAGAGCAGUCCCGUUUCCAGGAUGUCUGGGGAAGCAAGUCAUCCUUGCUGCCACCUCGGGACACCUGCUUUUGGCGGGGGGGGAUCUCUGGCCUGUCACCCAGACAAGAUCAAGAUGUCACCCUUGAACAUCACCUUCCAUAGCCAGGGCUGCUGCUCUGUUGGAGGUAAGCACUAGGGCAACCACACUAUAACCACUGAGGAAUCAAGGUGUCCUCCCAGGAUGCCCCCAACGCAGUGGCUGCGGCCAGCAAAGUCACCUGCUGUGCUCCUGGAGAGCCACAGGCCUUGCCAACGUGUCCCCUGCCAUGAAAAGCAGCUGUCCCAGGGCACGAGGAGGUGAGAAACCCUGGCGAGAGGGGGCCCAGCUCCCCAUGGCAUGGGGGUGGGAUGGGAUGGGGGGUCUGCAACUAACCGCAGGACGCGAGGGCCACCGGCGCGCAGGCAAAGCCGAAAACCAGAGGUGCCAGUGGGAACCGUGACAGAGCUCAUAACAGGGUAAAAGGGCUGCGGUGCCUUCGAAGCGAGUUCGGAAAGCAGCUGAAAUGCCAAAACAAUCAUCACUCGACGGUCGCACCUGACAGAAGUCGUUUCGUCUCGUUUUUGUUCGUUUCGUCGUGUCCGUCCCCUCUCCCCGCGCACCUGCCUUUUCUCCCCUUGCGCAGCCCCCUCGCAAAACCUGUGUUUGUUUUUGUUUCUGUUUUAUUUUUAUUUCUGUUAAUAUCUUGAAUUGUAAAUGUUGUUUAGUUAUGACCAUUGCAUACUGCUUUGGGCGAUGUUUCUUUACAAUGCAUACUAAUAUAUUAUGGUUAUUAUAUAUGAAUAUAUUUAAUGACACGUGAAAAAGUUGUGGAUUUUCUUAUCAUUUUUCCGAGGUUUUUUUUUUUUUCCGUUCGUUCGUUCGUUCGUUUUGUUAGAUUGGCUGUAAUUGAACCAGAAGGAGCUUGUAACUGUUCAGCACCCACUCGGUAGAACUAAAGUCAGAAACCAGUUGAAUAAACUCUUGUAAACCAUAACAA